AACGACAUAUGUUAUACGGUAUGGUGUCGGGUCUGACAUGUGAGGAUAUGCAACGAACAGACUUGAUUGCUUUUUUCGUACUAAACUUGUUAAAUUUAUGUUAAAUAAGGUUUAAUUAUAGUCGCAAUAGUGACAGAUUAAACGUUUUAUCAUGGGUAUUUUAGAAAAAAUUGCUGAAAUAGAACGGGAAAUCGGUAGAACACAAAAAAACAAAGCUACUGAAUACCAUCUUGGUCUUUUGAAAGCAAAGUUGGCAAGAUACAGACAACAGCUGUUAGAACCUUCAUCAAAAUCUUCAGUUAAGGGUGAUGGUUUUGAUGUUAUGAAAUCAGGAGAUGCAAGAGUGGCAUUGAUAGGAUUCCCUUCUGUUGGUAAAUCAACACUGCUGAACACAUUAACAGCCACACACAGUGAAUGUGCUUCAUAUGAAUUCACAACAUUGACCUGUAUUCCAGGAGUUAUUGAGUAUAAAGGUGCUAAUAUUCAACUGUUAGAUUUACCUGGUAUCAUUGAAGGAGCUGCACAAGGCAAAGGUAGAGGUCGUCAAGUAAUUUCUGUAGCUAGAACAGCUGAUUUAGUUAUUAUCAUGUUGGAUGCAACCAAAAAGGAUGUUCAGAGAGAAUUAUUGGAAAAGGAACUGGAAGCUGUUGGUAUUCGACUGAAUAAGAGAAGACCAAAUAUUUAUUUUAAACAUAAAAAAGGAGGAGGAGUAUCUUUUAAUUCAAUGGUUCCUCUUACAAAAUGUAAUGAAAGAAUGGUUCAACUUAUUCUUCAUGAUGCCAAAAUAUUUAAUUGUGAGGUUUUAUUUAGAGAAGACUGCACAACAGAUGAAUUUGUUGAUGUUAUGAUAGGGAGUCGAGUUUAUUUACCUUGUUUAUAUGUUUAUAAUAAAAUAGAUCAGAUAUCUAUAGAAGAAGUUGACAGAUUAGCUCAUCAACCUCAUUCUGUAGUAGUUAGCUGCAAUAUGAAACUGAACCUUGAUUAUUUGUUGGAAAUGGUCUGGGAACAUUUGGAUUUAAUCAGAAUUUAUACAAAGAAAAGAGGAGAACCACCAGAUUUUGGAGAUGGUCUGAUUAUGAGAAGAAACUCUACAGUGGAGCAUGUGGUCCAUUCUAUUCAUAGAUCACUUGUUGAAAGAUUUAAGGUGGCAUUAGUUUGGGGAACCAGUGUAAAAUAUAACCCUCAACAUUGUGGUUUAAAUCACUUGAUGAAUGACGAAGAUGUUAUACAAAUCUUUAAAAAAUAAAUGGAUAGUGCUAACAAGAUAAGGAGGGUUGAGUGAGAGGGGUGAAUCCGCGUAUCAUACAAAUGAAUCUGAUUGUUUUGUGUACCAUUUGUAUUGAAAAAUAUUUUAAAGAUAUACUCCUUUGACAAGUGAGACAAUAAUCAUUUGAAAAUUAUCUCUUUAAAUUAUGUAGGAAAGAAAAAAUUGAUGCAAUAUGGAGGACUAUUAAUGAGAUAAAAUGAUUUAACAAUAGCAGUCUGUUCCACCACUUAAUCUGUGUUACACACAAGAUGACUACUCACAUGGGCUGCAUUUGUUCUAAGCCUGUUAGUUAGAAUAAAACAAUAACUAUGCAGAAAGGAAAACCUGCAUAUAUCUAUUUGAUCAUUUAUUAGUGCUGUUUAUUAUCAGUCUAUGUAAGGAAAGAUAACUGACAUUGUUGAAUAUGUAAAAUAUGUAAAUAAAAUGGUAUGGCAACUUAUUAAAUGAAAAUAUUUUCUGUAAUGAUUUAAAGUUAAUCAACCGAACUCCGUCUUGCCCUAUCUUUAUCUUAUUUAAUUUGAUCAAGUGUGGCCCAAACAAAGUUAAUUUAAAAAUCCAGCAAUGAUAAGAUUGACUUUCAUGAGUGGACUUUCAUGAAACUGUAUAUUUAUUUUCACAAUAUUAGAGACCCUUUUAUGAGUGUAUUUCUAUGGUACACAAACAUUUGAAAUAUAAAGCCCCAGGAAUAAUUUAUACCAUAUUAAAACAGUAUAAUGAACUUGAUUUGUUCACUGAAUGAACUUUAUUCUCAUAAACUAUAUUACACAGUUACAGAGAAAAUAUAUAUAGUUACGUGCAUGUGCGAACAAUACAACAAAAUUAAAAUGAUAUAAUGAACUUGAUUUGUUCACUCCACUUACUAUCAUGUAAAAAGUCAACUUCACAAUUUCAAUUUUAUCACAUAUGUGGGUGAUAUAUUGACUGCAUUAACUGAUUAUAUUUGUUCAAGGCAAGAUUUAAGGUUGAUAAUCAAAAUUAAAGGAUGAAUGGUCUAAUAAAGCUGUCGAUAUACAAAGUUAUGGAAUGCUGUUAUUGUUGUGAAUAGUGGGAACUUCAUGCAUUUAUGAUAACUUUCAGGAUAUAAAAGAGUCGGCUCAUCUACCAUACAAGAUGAUAUAGCAAUCUUGCCACAAUAGGCUGUAUUGUUUAUGAAUUAAACACCAAAGAGACCACUAUGCAUGACUGUUAAAUAACAAAUGCUCACUCCAAUUUGCCUACCAAUGACACAUAGUAUGUUUACUAUUUAUAAUUUGUCAUCUUCUUUGGUUUGUUUGUUAGUUCCCCAUUUAUGUUCAAAGUCUUGGUUGGAUUGUCCGAUUUACAAUACUAUUGAAUUUAUAAUUUCAUGCUAGCAACUGAAUAUAAAUAAUGCUGGUACAAAAGAGAGUUAAAUAUAAAUAACGCUGGUACAAAUGAGAGUUACAUAUAAAUAAUACUGGUACAAAUGAGAGUUACAUAUGAAUAAUACUGGUACAAAAGAUAGCUGGUUAGUCAGAGAUAUCACCUAAGGUGUAAGCAGAUGUUAAGCCUCAAGGAACAAACAAACGAAAAGCGUUAGAAUUUUGACAUUUUCAUCACGCUUUGUAACAUUUCCAUAUUGGCAUUUUACAUGGUAAAUAGCCAAUAAGCUAUUUGUAAGGAAGAAAUUACAUGCAUUGAAGUAAACAAAAUAGGAAAAGUAUUACUAGGUUCUUGUAAUUUUUGCUCAUUCAGUUUUAUGUUCCAUAGUACAUUUAUAUAAUAUGUUGUUAACUUUAGACAAAGACGUUUUUUAAUUUUCAACAAUUUCUGUUAAUUACUUUUAGAUCUUAGCUCUUGAUUAAUUUGUAGAAUCUUUAGAAUGUUCUUGCAACAAACACUCACACAUAUCGCACCCAUUUAUACUCUUAUAUUUAAAACUAAUCUACAGAUUUUAAUUUGAAAAUGCUUCAACACUUUUAUUGUUAUUGUUUUCACAUGUAAGAUAUUUUUACCCAUGUACUUUUCACCUCUCCUUGUUCCACUACUUGCAUUAUUUAUUUGGCGAUUUGACCAAGUUGUAAUAAGAGAAGAAAAUCUGAACUUAAUGAAUUUACUUGUGAACUAAUAGGAAAUGGUCACUUGAUCUAUUUUAUCUACAAGAGUAAAAGAUAAGCCACAAGGUUUCUUUAGUGGUCCAUCCAGUUACAUUAAGAUGCAAAUUAAGUCGUAAAGAUGAACAGCCUGUUUGGUUUCUGGUUAACUUUAAGCGUUCUUUUCACUUGUACAUGGUCACAAGAUGUAGUAAGAAAGAAAAGAGUUGUCGGAGGACAUCCGUUGAUUGCUGGUGAAUGGCCAUUUCUAGUUUCACUCCAUUUUCGGCCAGUACAUCCUUUUACUAACCGAACAAAGAUGCGCCAUUUAUGUACAGGGGCUUUAAUAGAUCCCUUGUGGGUAUUAACAGCUGGUCAUUGUUUUGAUGGUAAUGAAUAUCGGGGUUUAAAUAAAAAGAGUAAUUGGGUAAUAGUACUUGGUGAACACAAUCAAUACAGACGUGAAUCUUGGGAACAAAGGCACAGAAUAAGAAAAUAUUUUCAAAAUCCACAAUAUACAGCCCGACCAUUAUUAAAAGAUUUAACCUUGAUCAAACUGAAGAAGCCAGCAACAAUAAGUGAUAAAGUGCGACCAAUUGAACUUGACCUAACUGGACAGUGUACAACAUUAGGAACAGAAGUGUCUGUGGCCGGAUGGGGUCAAGUGGCUUACAGUCCAUUUGGCUAUGGUAACUUUCUACCAUUAAAAACUACAGUUUGGGUAUCGAAUAAAACAGAGUGUGUUGAGAAUUAUUCUAUUGUACCUGAUACUGAUCCCGAUAAAGCUUUCUAUGAACCUGAAGAUGAAGGAGUUUUAUGUGCAGGUGCUGAUGGGGUUAAAGAUGCCUGCUUAGGUGAUUCAGGUGGACCAUUAAUCUGUAAUCAUAAUGAUGUGUUGAAGUUAACAGCUGUUGUUUCUACUGGUUAUGAUUGUGGCAAUUCUACAUUUCCUGGUCUUUAUACUAGAGUUGAUGUCAAUCAACAGUGGAUAGUAGAUACCAUGGCCAAUAAUUAAAGACAUGAUAAUAUAAACUCUACCUACACCGAUGUACCUCAUUUUUCUCAUCAGUUUAUGUACAACUAACUUAUAGGUUUUAUCACUGUCCAUCCAUCUGUUUGCCUGUCCUUCUGUCAUUUCUGUUUUGCGGAAUUUGUUUUUAUUGAACUUUGAGAUAUUUAAUUGAAAUUUGGUACACUGCUAUAUAUAUCAGAGUUACAGAUCAAGUUUAUGGGAUUACACUUUUUACUGAAUUAUGACCCUAUGUUGACUUGAAAUCGAGGAAUUGUUUUAGGUUAAACUCUGAGAUACUGGAAUGAAACUUAGUACAUUGUUUUACAUAGUAGAGUUAGGCCUACAAUGAAAUUAUGUUUUCCAAAAUAAUUCUAGGUUAAACUUCAAGGUAUUUGGUUGAAUGUUCAAUGUUGGUACACUGCUGUUUGAAGAAAAUCUGAUAAACUUGAAAUAUUUGUAUGAAAAAACAGUCUUCAAAGGCGUCGUCAUGGGCAACGCCAUUGGUAAUCCGGGAACUUGAAAGUAGUUCCAAUGGCGGACUUCGUCAUACAGCCGAGGCUAGAUGUAGGGUCGACAAGUCAAAUUUGACAAUGAACCCCUACCACGUGUAUGGCGCUAUUGCGUGUCGCAAAUGCAGCUCAGUGGUUCUGUUGGGGCAAUAAGUUCUUAUCAUAAGUUCUUCAUCUGUGAACAUACUCUCGAAGCAUGUCAAGUGUUCAUGACUAUUUAUCACAUCACAACCUGCAUAGGUAUUUGCAUUUCAAUAUCCCCUACUUUUUUUUAAGAGUAUAGUACGAUGAAACAAUGUGAAACAAUGAAAUAAAUGUGUGACAAAUUUCACGUAUCUAAUGUCGAAGAAAAGAUUCUAUUUUGAUGGCAUAUUCUUGGAUUUAUGAUCAUAUUUUGAAUGGGAUUUAUGUUUUUACAUAAAGAAAUAAGUACGCUAAGCAAUGUUGAUGAAUAUGUUGAUUGGAAUAGUGUAAGUACAAUAGCGCUUGCUAGAGUCGAAUACGAUUAUUUAGCAGAUGCCAUGAUGUCACUCGGUGACUCGUUCGUUGUGGUAGAGCGACGUUUACUGCCAAAUAAAUUUCGGGAUGUCAUUUUUUUUUACCCUCCGUAUAUAAGUCGAAACGGAGUAUAAGACGAAUGCCGGACUUCUGCUUAAAAAUGUAUCAACUUAUGACCCGAAAAAUACGGUAAUUUUGGAGGAAUUUGAAACAGUACAGAUCAGCAGUAGUCGGCACGCUUUCAUUCUAUCGUAUUACGACGUCACGUAAUUUUGUAGGAAUAUUACUGACAUAAAUUUGAAUCCCGUGAAAAAUAACGAGGUGCACCUAUUUUUUAUUACAUAAGAAUUUGAAUAUUUUGUUGACACAUGAUUUUUGUGUGUAGGCUAAAAACUGCCUGCUUAAAUAAUGAUAAGAGAUAUGUCCCUUUAUUUUCGGUAAAAAUGUCUGAUAAGAAAAAUUUUGAAAUCCCAUCACUACUGCUGUAUAUAGCCUAGUUACAGAUCCAAGUUUGCAUUUUGGUGAAUUUUGUUUAUUUUCUUUACUGAAUUAUGGCCCUUUAUUGACUUAAAGUUUAGGUUAUUCUUUGAGAUAUUGGAAUGAAAUUGAGUACAUUGUUUUACAUAGUUGAGUUAAAAAAACAUUUCAUUUGUACAGAUUUUAUUUCAUCUUGCUGUAUUUAGAUUGUAUAUUUACAGAAAUGUAUUCGCUUAUAGUUGCAUGCAUUGUCAUCAUGUAUUGAUUAUAUCAUCAAAACUCUCAGAAUGCUUGUCUGUUGUCCUUAACAAAUCAAGAUGGAUAUGACAAAAUAUAUUUGUAAUAAAUGAUGAUUGAAUUUGAGAAUAAGUAUUUAUUUCAAUGUCUUUUUCCAUCUUCAUUAGCACAAUCAGAGUAGAAUGUUAAACCCCAUUUCAUUUCAUUUCAAUGACUUUUUUGUAACAAUUAUUAAACUGUUAUGGGGAAGUUCAAAGUGAUAACUUUAUAUUGAUAAAUAAAAUAGUUAUUGAAAACA